AUGAUUGAGAAACAUGGGAUAAAUAAUGGAAAACCUCUGUUAUAUGAUGUGAUUACUCUUAAUUAUUCAUAUUCUCCUUUUUUUCUUCUCUAUUUCUCAGAUGAACGAGGAGAUAUCCAAAAGAAAACAUUCAGCAAGUGGGUCAAUGCACAAUUAGUCCAGGAAUCCAAACCACCUAUUCAGGAUUUAUAUUCAGACCUACGAGAUGGAACACACCUCCUUGCUUUACUCGAAGUACUAAGCGGACAAAAAUUAAAACGAGAGCGGGGUCUUAUGCGAGUGCAUCAACUGAACAACGUCAAUAGAGCUCUUCAGGUGUUGCAUCAGAACAAAGUUCGAUUGGUAAAUAUUAGCAGUAAUGACAUCGUUGAUGGCAACCCAAAGCUAACCCUCGGUCUCGUCUGGAGCAUCAUCGCUCACUGGGAGGCCAAAGCUGUCCUGAAAGACACUGAUAGUAGUAUGGAACAACAGUACGAACGGACUGUAUUAACAUGGUGUAAAGAAACAACGCAGGGAUAUGAGCGUGUAGAUGUGAAAAACUUUACAAGUAGCUGGAGAGAUGGUUUAGCUUUCAACGCCAUCUUGCAUAGAUAUAGACCUGACCUUUUUGUUUAUCACGACCUAUUCAAGGAAGAGCCUGAAGCGAGGCUAGAGCAUGCCUUUACAGUCGCACAUAGUCAUUUCAACGUAGAUAGACUCCUUGAUCCAGAAGACAUCAAUGUCGGUGUACCUGAUAAGAAGUCUGUGUUAAUGUAUGUAACGUCCCUUUAUAAAGUACUAUCGACACAAAGCACCUUGAUACAAGAGACUGACCGUGUAGUCGGUUCACAAACUUCGCUCAAUCUCAGUCGCAGUUCAGCGCAGGAGAGUUUUAACACUGCAUCGCCAGACCUGUCCUUAUCCGACAUGAGUGAGAUAGAUAUAGAGAGUUACCAGGGGAACAUGGAGACAGUCCUGGCCUGGCUCCUGAAUGCAGAGAGCCACCUGGAGCACGAGGAGGAGGUCUCCAGCAAUGUGGAUGAGGUCAAGGAGCAGUUCCAUGUACAUGAGAAAUUCAUGGUGGAGCUGAUGACCCAUCAGAAUAGCGUUGGGAAUGCCCUACAGGAGGGGAACCACCUCAUCAUAGAAGGAAAGGUCAACGAGGAGGAGGAGAGCGAGAUACGAGAGCAGAUGACCCUGCUCAACAGCCGCUGGGAAGCCCUCAGGUUAUCAGCUAUGGAAAGACAGUCACUAUUACAUGAAGUACUUAUGCAGCUACAGCAGAAGCAACUCAAAGACCUGAGGGAUUGGCUCACAAAGACAGAACAGUUCAUCGACGACAGAAGCUUCAUCGGCGAUUGCUUGGAAGCCGUCGAUAAACAGAUCAAUGAUCUGCGGGAUCUCCAAGAGGACCUGGAGAAACAACAGAGACAGGUUAAUUCCCUAUCUCACAUGGUGGUCGUGGUCGAUGAGAGCAGCCCAGAAAAUGCAACGGCAGUUCUAGAGGAACAGCUGACCAGUCUUGGAGAGCGUUGGGCCAGCGUCUGCCAGUGGACAGAGCAGCAGUGGUCAGUACUCCAGGAUGUCCAGCUUCAGUGGCAGCGGUACGUGGAUGCCCAGAGGCAGUUUGAGGCCUGGUUGAGCAAGGCCGAAUCCUCCUUGGCCAUCAUGAGACUGACCCAGCCGCACUCGGACACCGAUGCCAUGGAGAUGCUCAAGAAGAUCAAGGCCCUGGAACAGGAGCUUGAGCUGCAGCACGGUGAGUUUGGUCGUCUGAACACACUGGCUCAGAACAUUGUACAACACCUUGAUGAAGACCAUCCUGGAGUGUCCAACAUCCAGACUGCCUUAGAGGAGUUCUCACAGCGAUGGGACAGCAUCGUCCAGCAGAUGGAGAACCAGUCCAAAGUGGUUGCCGACAGUGGCUUCAGCCUCAACGCCGUGCCCAUCACCGAUGAGAUCAACUCCACCGCCAUGACCACCACCUAUGCUCAGAACGAUGCGGUCGUCACGGAAACCCUCGUCACCAAGACCAUCCACCAGACCGUCCAUGUAUCCUCUCCUUCCCCCGACUCCUCGGUGACUCCUCCCCUGCUUGGCCUGGCCAAGAAGAGGACCAGUGAGGACAGCGAGUUGAGGCAGCGGUUCGACGGGGAGCUGGGCAGUCUGGUGGCGUGGGUGGAGGACACCGAGCAGAAGAUCAUGUCCGAGGAUGAACCGACCCCGGACACUCCCGACCUCGAUCUGUGCAAGACAAUUUAUGAGAACCUUGACCAUGAUUGGGAGGAAAGGAAAAGUAGGGCGAAGACAGUAUCAGAGCUUGCUGAUAAGCUGAUAGAUCUCACCAAUGAAGAUGGCACCUCACCAGAGCAAAUCCAGCAUUCGGUGAAGAGUUUCCAGAAUCGCUGGAACGACAUCCACCUGAUGCUGGAGGACCGGAAGCGCAAGCUGGACCAGGCGGUGCGCCACCAGGAGUUUGAAACGGAGCUGAAGCGAUUGCAGAAGGCCGUGGAACCCAUCCAGCAGUGGCUUGACGAGGACCUGGGACCAGUCGCCGAUGAUUUGCAGAGGAUCAAGAUGCAACUAGACCAGUGCAGGGCCAAACAGACUGAACUGUCCAUCAACGCCAGCCACAUGGAGCGACUGUCCACCUCCGCCGCGGCCCUGGUCACCUUCGACUCCACCCUCUCGCGCUCCACCAGCCGAGACCUCAAGGAGUUCCGCCACCUCUGGGACAGCAUCCGGGAGCGCCUCGAUGAGCGGGAGAAACUCCUGACGGAGGCGAUGAACAGCGCCCCGCCUGCGCGGUAUCUUGAAGCGCUGAGGGCACUCACCCAGUGGUUGGCCAGCGUCCAGGAGGCGCUGAAGGAGGAAGAGGUCUUUGUCUCCGAUCUGGACGAACUGGAGGACCAGUUGCAAAGAUACAAGGAGGUUGAAACAACCAUCGGUGAGCAGCGUUCCAGCUACGACUAUGUUAAUAGGACGGGCAAGGAGCUUGUAGUGGCUGCCAGGACUUCUAAACAAGCUGAAAACAUCCAGAAGGACGUAACUCAACUGAAUAGAAACUGGGAAGAUGUGACCAGGCUGUGUGAGGACAGAAAGGCGUUACUUGAUAGGUCUAUCAAUGAGCUAAGACUGUGGUUGGAUGAAGUGAGCGGUCUAACCAGUUGGAUGGAUGACCUUGACGUGUUCUUCUCAGCGGAAGAGGUUGCCCUUGGUGAUAUGGAUGUUCUCAAAGACCAACUAGAUCAGAGCAAGUGCCUUGAAGAUGAUAUCAAAACCUUGCAGUCCAACAUGGAUAACAUCCUUGAGACGGGAGAGCGACUGAUUCGGGACGGUGACCCGGCCUUCUCGUCCCGCACCCGAGGAGAGCUCGAUGACCUCCACCAGAGAUGGAAGCGGGUCACGGGCCUCGCCGCGGAGCAUCGGACGAACCUCACUGAAGCAUACCAAAGAUGUCAAACUCUGAAAGCUUACAUGCAAGAGUUGACAGGCUGUUUAGAUCGUUGUGAAGCGGACCUCGGUCCCAGCAAGAAGCUCUCCAUCCAGGAUCCAGCCGAGAUCCAAACACAGCUUAAGAAAUAUUCCAGUGCCUUGGAGGAGCUUCAACUCAAAGAGAAGGUCGUCACCGACCUUCAGGAGGUCGCUGAAAAAAUCAACCAAAGUUCAGAGGUCAUGUCCUCGGUCGACAGGUGGACGGUGAUGAAAUCCCAGGUGGCUACAAAGCACAGUAUCCUGUCCGAUGCCUCCGGGAGUUGGAAGAAACUGAAGCAGAUGCUGACGGAGGAAGUGAUCUGGAUGGACGGCUUUGAAAAGAAACUUGGGAACCCGUCCAGCAGUCUGGAUGCAGAGGAGAUAUCGGAGGAGAUUGAUGCUCUGGAAUCCACCGUUAUGAAGCAUGUUGGAGACAACAAAGACCUCAUCACAGAGCUUGCUGAUAACCUGAUUGCCCAGGGCAUAAUGACUGUCACCAUCGAAAGAGAAGUCAAGCAGUUCAAAGAAAGGACUGAAGAAAUCUCUCAGCAGGCCAAGACAAGACAAGAGAAACUAGAAAACAAUGUCCAGCUUCUUCAGCGGCUUGAGAAGGACAUGCUGACCCUUCAGAAUUGGAUAUCUUCAGCUGACCGUACCCUCAAUGCUCGUCUGACCGCUAGACUAUCAGCCAUCGAUCUGCCUGAUGAGUAUGAGCAAUGGAAGGUUGAACUGGACAUGAGAGAAACUGAAUUCAUUAAUAUCAACACGAGGGCGCGAGCCCUGAUGGAACAAACCGCUUCAUCUGCAAAUCAGAGACUACAGCAACAAGUGGAGAUUCUUAGGAAAAACCUGGACGACGUCCACAGCAAGUUCCGUAGGUUCCAGAAGCCGGCCGACUUUGAGCCCAAGAUGGCCCACGUCAAGGAGAUCUUGGACUCAGUCAUGGAGGGUAUUGGAGUCCUGGAACUGCGCAAUGGGGAACCAGAGGUGAUCCAGACCCAGCUUGAUGCUUGUAUGGGUUUCUACAAGACGAUGAGCGAGGUGAAACCGGAGGUGGAGUACGUGAUCAAAACAGGACGAGCCUUGGUGGAGAGGGAGCGGGGAGAAGCUCAGCUACAGCUCACAGAACGACUGAACAAACUUAAGAAACAGUACAACGACCUGGGGGCAAAGGUCACGGAUGGAAAGAGCAAACUAGAUAGAGCACUCAAAAUCUCACGAAAGCUGAAGAAAGAACUGACGGUACACCGCGAGUGGCUGAAGGAGUCCGGUGUGGCCAUCGACAAGCGCUCGGCCGACGAUAGACCGGGUUGUGCACCGCAAAGCCUUAACGAGGAGCAAGAGUGGUGUAAGCUGAUGGGUCAGGACAUCGAUAAACACAAGAGGGCGCUGAGUGACGCCCUGGUGCUGUCUGAGCAGCUUUCUAAGCUGUCCCCAGAGGGCGGGCUUGAUUCGAUGAAAGUCGAUGCCGAAGCGUUGCAGCUUCAAGCAGGGGAGUUGGAGGGAAAGCUAGCAAAGAGGAAAGCUCUUAUACAGACCUACCAGGAUCAAUUGAUGGCAUUCCGUGGUGACCUUUCAGGGGUCAAGGAAUGGAUGGGGGAGGCUCAGACGAAGCUGGAACAAUCGCAGAGACUAUCGAGAGAGGAACUAGUCGGUGAACAGGAGCGUCAAGCUUACCAGAGAUUACAAGACGAGGUGGACGAUCUGACCCACAAGGUCGAGGAAGUGAGAGACCAGGCUCUGGAGCUGAUGAAACUUGGAGGAGAUUGCCGUCGAUCAACCGAACCCGACCUCAUCGCCCUCAACCAGACAUGGGAACUGGUGUGUAAGGGAAUCAAGGAACAGCAAGUUAAGCAGAAGCAAAUAGCUCAGGAGCUUGACAAAGAAUCCCGUCUUCAGGCUCAGGCAGAGGCCAAGCAGAGGGAACAAAGGCAACAAGAGCUCCAGGAAAGACUCGUGCAGCAACCGCUGGAAACCGACCUAGACUCCAAGAUCCAAGAAACCGUGAUUGACUCAAAACCUCAAAGACUCAAGCAUCAACCGCUAGAAACAGCGAUAGACUCAGAACAUCAGAGUAUCUUACCCGCAUCACCUACCGCCAACCUCAAUAACAACAAUGCGGAUGUAAUCGUCGACGAGGCUCCGCUUCGAGAAGAGAGAGUGGCUGUCGUAGAGACCAUACCAGUACAACUGACAAAGCUUGACGAAGCAGCGCCCUCUAUUAGCAAUAUGGAGGUUGAUGAGCAGAUCGAGAAGCGGGAUGCAGCAACCGUUGCAUCCGCUCCAGUCGACCUUGAGGAUAUGCUCCAGGACAUGAAGGAUCAGGUUAGGCAGAAACAUGUCACACCCUCUCCCACCAUGGAUGUCAAUGCCAUGGGCUACCUGCAGGAGUUCAACGACAUCCUGGAGCAGACCAACGUCGCCAUCGACCUCUGCGAUCAUCGGUUGACGCGAGAUGGCCAGCUGCGGGAGAAGGACUUUGAUAUGGAGGUUGACGCCAAUGUCAAGGACACCGAGGAAGCCUUGGAGAACCUUGAACCGGACGUGGAGUCCUUGAUCCAGCAAGGAGAGCAGCUCCUGCAGAUGACCCUGGCCAAGGAUCCAGCCCAGGCCGAGGAGCUGGAGCUCAAGAUCACAGGUCUCAAGGAGCGAUGGUCCACGCUGAAGAGGGACGCAGAGAGGAGAAAGGAUACCAUCCAAGAUGUGGUUCCAAGGUGGUGUCACUUCAAGGAACAAGUGGACCAGAUGGAGAGAUGGAUAGAAGGGGUAGAUGAACGGAUGAAAGAUGGGAUGGAGGAUGAGGAAAAACUGAAGGUAGGUGCUACUAUUCUAUUCAGUGUCUGUGGAUGACAGGUUGAUGAAAGAUAAAAGGAUGGACAAGAUGGAGAUAUGGAAAGAAAGUGUAGGUCAUGAAAGAUGGCAGAAAAGAAGACGAGGUGAAAAUGAAGAUAGAUAGGAUAAUACAUAUCUGGUAUCUGCUAUGGUGUUCAAUGUGUGUGACAGAAGAAGUUCAUGAGGUCUCUUGUUCAAAAUGAUAUACUGCCCUCUACUGUCAAAUAGCAGUAUUACAUGUACUUUUCUCUUAUGAGAUCGGAUCACCAAAACAAUUUUACUAACUAUGACUAAAGCAUGAAACUUUCAUAUAAGAUUUAUUUUAAUGAUGGGAGGUAAAUUUUUCAAAGCCGUUUUCAGCCGUUGUCAUGACUACAGAUUAAUUUCUGAACAAUGACAUAUACACCCCUAUAAAUGGUAUAUAAACAUGGUAUAAAUUACCAAAUUGAUAUUUCAAGCUUCCAAUUAAAUACAAAUGAAAUUUACAAAUAGUUAAGGUCACCAAGAUAGUUAAAAUUUCCCAGUUGCCAUGGUAAUGGCUUAUUUCCCCCCAGAAAGGUACAAAUUUGGAUAAAAACAAAGAAUCUGAUUAUCAUUUCAUUUCACCCAGAUUUUGGAUGCUAAACAUAGAUCUGUUUGUUAAACUGUAUAAAUAACAUCUUAAGGAUAAAUACUAGUUGUGGUAACAAUCUCAAAAUGAGUUCAAACAGAAUCCAAUGAAAUUACCACCAAAGUGUUUGUAUGUAUAAAUAAAAAAUAUGUGCCAAAAAGCUCUGGAAGAAAAUGCGUAAUUGCUGAGAAAUUAGCAAAAUAAGCACGGAAUUCCAUCAAAUGUUGGAUAUUUUUUAAAGCAGUAUUAAUACACUACCCCACAUAUGCCUUUCUUUGUUGGUGAUCAUCAGAAUUAUCGAUUUUGAGCUAAGACUUCAUGAUUUUACAAAUAUAAGUUUACAUUAAUGUACCAGAUCUAGAUGUAGGAUAAUAUUUUGACAAUUAACCUUGACUUAAAAGACUUUCUCAUGUAAUAAUUGUUUGCUGCAACUGCUGCUUUUACCUUUAAGCCAUUGCCACCUGGGGUCCCUUUUCCCUUGGUGUAUGGAAGGCUCUGCAUUCGUGCACACUUCCUCUUUCUUUGUUGACAUUAUACAUCUGAUAAAUGAAUAUUGAUUAUUUUUUUGUGUUGUGUUUUGCUCUUUUUUACAAGAUUCUAGAACUUAUCUACGAACUAGAUGUAUACUUGCUAGUUAAACCUAGGAUUAAUGUAAAAUUAGUUGAAAUAUUAGCUCGUAACCAUGCUGUUGAGCGCAGCGAACCUUUUGCGACUUCCCUCGACCUUGCAUUUGGCUUGGUAGAAGAGUUUUGACCAAAGGAUUAGAGUUCAGACCAGAUGAUUAAUUUCUUCUUCAAGGGUCCUUUUUGCACUGCCCACACAGCUUAAAAUCAUUCUCAUUUCCAGAUCUAGCUUUUGCAGUUUAAUUGUAAAAGUAGUUGAAUAAUACGCAUACAUUCGUAAUUCCGAAGCUUCGUUAUUCCGAAGGUUCGGAUAUUCCGAAGGUUCGUUAUUCCGAAGGUUCGUAUUUCCGAAGGUUCGUAAUUCCGAAGGUUCGUUGGUCCGAAAACGAAAUGAGGUUCGUAAUUCCGAAGGUUCGUUAGUCCGAAAACAAAGUGAGGUUCGUAAUUCCGAAGGUUCGUUAAUCCGAAAAAGAAAUGAGGUUCGUAAUUCCGAAGGUUCGUUUGUCCGAAAACUAAAUGAUUAACUAACCUUAUUUCGUUUUCGGACUAACGAACCUUCGGAACAAUGAACCUUAUUUCGUUUUCGGAUAAACAAACCUUCGGAACAAUGAACCUUAUUUCGUUUUCGGAUUAACAAACCUUCGGAACAUCGAACCUUAUUUCGUUUUCGGAUUAUCGAACCUUCGGAAUAACGCCACAAAUGUUCGGAUUAACGAACCCUUUUACGUUUUCGGAUUAACGAACAUCGAGGUAUAGGCAAUUUGCGUGUUUCAGAAUUACGAACCUUCGGAAUUACGAAGUGUAACCGAAUAAUAAAUGCCAGUUGUGGUAACGAUCCCAAAAUGAGUUUGAACAGAAUCCAAUAACCACCAAAGUGUUUGUAUGUAU